AGGCUCCAUUUGGCAGGAUUUCGUUUAGACUCGGUAAUUUUAACGAUAACAUGUUAUAAUGUUUAAUCUUCCUCCGUGUCUAAUAACAGUAAUAUUGAUACAAUGUUUCCCCUGCCUACUGUGUUGUUACAAUGUUUACACCACAAUGUUCGCCAGUCAUUACUCCCGUUAGGCUACAAUAUUAUAACGUUUCAUUCGACAGAGAGUUGGUGCGUGAUUUAUAGUAGUCCGGGUAGUAAUGGGUUUAGUUCACUUUGCUUCCUAUUUUUAGCAGCUCUACGGAUGCCUGUCAUUUUGUCGCGCUGGAGCCUAAGCAAUUAAUACGAUGUAACAAGCCAAUUUCUUUGGAUACAAAGGGCGUUUUUUAGAUUUAUUGUCUAAUGGUCAUUUGAUCGCUGAGGCAAAAAAACAACAUAUUUUUGGUUGGGACUUAGUUGAAUGUUGAGGAGGUUUCUAUAAAUGUUUUUUUUUCUCGGUUGAACCGUUGAGCGGCGCAGAAAGCUACAUCCUCCUCUUGAUGAUGACAACAUGGCUUCCUAUUCUACACAUUAAAACAAAACGACAUUAUUCUCAUUUUUCUGCAUUAGUCUAAUUGUGAGACUGAAAUAUUUCCCCACUAAGGACCGAUUAUGGAAUUCCAUUACUCGGGUUUGAAGCUAACGGGCUUUAAGUUAUUUUUCUCCUGAAGGCAACGGGACUACUUAUUAAUUUAUUGUGUGGAGCCUCUCCUCCCUGAGUCGGGGAUAGUAGCAGAUAUCGAGGUUGAGAGCAUCCUCCCUUCAGACUCUGAUACCUUCUACCAGCUGAAGAGCCAGCCCAUCACUCUGAGCGUGUCCCAACCCCCCUCUGACACGGCGUCUCCCUCCACCGGGUCGGUGAUGACGUCCCGGGUGUUGAUGAGGCAGGAGCUGAUGCGCCAGCAGGCCAGGGACCAGGAGAGGAGAGAGGCCCAGCACCAGGUCUCCUCGGCCCAGCUACGCACCACCGACUCCUCCCCAGCCAUCUCCAUGGCCCCGGGGCAUACCGGGGCCAGACCUCCCCCUGCUCAGGUCCCUGUGGAGGUCCUUAAGGUUCAGACGCACCUGGAGAACCCAACAUGGUAUCACAUCCAGGCCUCCCAGAGACAGCAGGUUAAACAUUACCUCUCCUCCACCCUGGGGAACAAACUGACCAAUCAGACGCUGGGCGCCUCCCCCUCGCCUCAGUCCGGCUCCGCCCCCUCUCUCCAGCCCGCAGCCAGUAGCUCUCCCAGCAGCCCGUUGGCUGUGCUCAGCCUGAGCUCCAACAAAGAGGAGAUGGAAGACGUGAUCGAUGACAUCAUCAGUCUUGAAUCCAGUCUCAACGAUGAGUUCUUUACGUUGAUCGACCCUGGCCUACAGGUGGCCAACACGAUGCCAGUGUCAGUGAACAUGCUGGAUGUGUUCAGCAGUGGAGGGAUGGCUGCUCCUAACAUCACCGUCUCCAACUCCUGUCCUGCUGACCUGCACACCGUCAAGACUGAGUUAACCGGUACAGAGGUGGAGGCUAAAGCUAUGAUGAAGGAACGACAGAAAAAGGACAAUCAUAACCAGAUUGAGAGACGGAGGAGGUUCAACAUCAACGAUCGCAUCAAGGAACUGGGAGCUCUCAUCCCCAAAUCGAGUGACCCAUCCCCCUGCUACGGAGACAGGGAGACGCGUUGGAACAAGGGCACCAUCCUGAAGGCGUCUGUGGACUACAUUAGGAGGCUGCAGAAGGAGCAGCAGAGAGCCAAGGAGGUGGAGACCAGACAGAGGAAACUGGAGCACAGCAACCGCAGCCUACUGCUACGCAUACAGGAGCUUGAGAUGCAGGCCCGCCUCCACGGCCUCUCCACCCCAGCCUCUUCCUCCCAAGGCAGCUCCUCCUCACACCUAAGCCUAUCACAGUCCCUGGACCCCAGCACGGGCGACGCCCUCUCCAGGACUCUCCUCUCCCUGAGUGGUGGCCAAGGCCUCCAGGCCGCCUCCCCCUCCUUCCUGUCUCCACCCCCCUCGGCCUCUCCGGUUGGUCUGAUGACAAUGGGCAGCCCCUUGGAUCUGGACUCUCUGAGCUUCUCUGACCUGGAUGACCCGUCGGCCGCAGCCUUCCACGCCUCCCUGCUGCCGGACAUGGGUCUGGGGGACAUCCUGAUGGACGACAGGGGACUGGGGAUGUCCUCUGUUGGGGGCAGAGACCCCCUGCUCUCCUCCGUCUCCCCGGGAGUCUCCAAGACCUCUAGUCGCAGGAGCAGCUUCAGCAUGGAGGAAGAUUUGUGACUGAUGUAGACCCUAGACACCCUAGCCCCUACACUGUUAGGGAGGAACACAUUCAGCAUGAAGGAAGACCUGUGACUAGGUUGAGUCCCAAACCAACUCCUAGACCCUACACUGCUAGGGAGGAACAGAUUCAGCAUGAAGGAAGACCUGUGACUGAUAUAAAGGGACUCUAGAUCCUAAUCCAUAGCCCUUACACCCUAGACCCUACACUGCUAGGCAGGAACAUAAUCAGCAUGGAGGAAGACCUGUGACUGGAGCUGAGUCCCAAACCAACUCCUAGACCCUACACCCUAGACUAAACCCUAGAAUCAUACCAGAGUGUGUAUAUCAAUCCUCCAUCCUUUCAGAUUUACAGGAGAGUCUUUUGGGGGGAUAUUCAGCAGGAGAGGGUUCAGGAUUUACUGCUUAUUGUCUUCUGGUUGUUCCAACUGGGAUUUCUCUAAGAAAAGAAAACAAACGGGAUGGGAAUUUGGGUGAAAUUUGAAGGGAAUUUUUGCAACCCUAAUUUUAGUUUAUUCUAGACUAGAAUGUGUAGAAAUAAUUCCUGGUCCCCGUGGCGAUGACGGAAUCCAUUGCAGCACUCCAAAUAUUUUAUCUCCAUGCGUGUUAUAAAAAUAAAAAAAAUAAACGAAAUAGAACAGAUACAUGGAGUUGAGCUGUUCUAUAGCAUUAAAACAUCCAACAUGAAUUGUAGACUACAUGUAAAGAUACACGUUACUUCGAUACAAAACUAUGUUUUUAAUUUUAUAGUUCUGUGAAUAGUAAUUAUGAUGGAGGUAGAUAUGUAUAGGGAGAAGGUGACAGGGUUACUUUAGUGAUGGAGGUAGAUAUGUAUAGGGGGAAGGUGACAGGGAUACUGGAGUGAUGGAGGUAGAUAUGUAUAGGGGGAAGGUGACAGGGUUACUUUAGUGAUGGAGGUAGAUAUGUAUAGGGGGAAGGUGACAGGGAUACUGGAGUGAUGGAGGUAGAUAUUUAUAGGGAGAAGGUGACAGGGUUACUUUAGUGAUGGAGGUAGAUAUCUAUAGGGAGAAGGUGACAGGGUUACUUUAGUGAUGGAGGUAGAUAUGUAUAGGGAGAAGGUGACAGGGUUACUUUAGUGAUGGAGGUAGAUAUGUAUAGGGAGAAGGUGACAGGGAUACUGGAGUGAUGGAGGUAGAUAUAUAUAGGGAGAAGGUGACAGGGAUACUGGAGUGAUGGAGGUAGAUAUGUAUAGGGAGAAGAUGACAGGGAUACUUUAGUGAUGGAGGUAGAUCUGUAUAGGGAGAAGGUGACAGGGUUACUUUAGUGAUGGAGGUAGAUAUGUAUAGGGAGAAGGUGACAGGGAUACUGGAGUGAUAGAGGUAGAUAUGUAUAGGAGACAGGGAUACUGGAGUGAUGGAGGUAGAUCUGUAUAGGGAGAAGGUGACAGGGUUACUUUAGUGAUGGAGGUAGAUAUGUAUAGGGGGAAGGUGACAGGGAUACUGGAGUGAUGGAGGUAGAUAUGUAUAGGGGGAAG